GUUUAGUCGUUAGUCGCCCAUCUAAAGCAUAUGAACUGCUUUCACUGACACAACUUACCCAUCAUGCGCCUCGUGUGGAUGACAAGUUUUCUCCUACUUUGUGUAGGAGGGAAAUCUCAGCACUUAAAAAAUCCGGCUUUGUUCAUGUCACUAGACAGUGAAGAAAUUUUUGAAAAGUUAAGGAAGUCCAUCACACAGCAACUGGAAGACACUGGAGCCAUUGUUGAAUUCCCCUCUGUACUUCAUAACGUUUUUGCGGCCCUCAAAUCGUCUUCGUUUCCAACGGCCGUGGCCACCAAUAUCAGCGAGAAAUGUCUAAAAGACAGUCAGCUUUAUGUUCACAGUCUCUACGUCAACAGCAGUCUAUGGGCCUUGCAAAUGCAAGAGUCUUCGGCACAACUACCACCUGGACUUUUUGGAUCUAAUAACAUUCAUGCGGAUGGACUCUUCGACGAAUGUCUGGCUGUUCGGGCACCAGGCUUUGACGGACAGUACUGCAGCGUUUUCUUCAUGACUCGAACUGUUCAUGAGUCAGAAAUCCUUCCGCCCACAGAAGUAAACGAAAAGAGCAACUUCGUAACAAUUUUUCAGAUCUUGGGCAAUCUUCUCGGAACGGAUCGAAUCGAACCCAAACGGGCAGUUGCCAAUUCAAAUACUUACCUUUACCCAAGUACCACAUUCUGCCUUCCGUCAUCUUGUACUGCUGCUGACCUCGGGCAAGCCGUCGCCGAACUUAUUGGAAUUUAUGUCAUCGGAAAUAGAUCUCUGGUGACCGUGACAGAUGAACAGUAUUGCUUCAAAGAGAGUAACGAUCCUCCACCCUUCGACGGUGUCACCAUCACAGUCAUAGUGGUUUUGAGCAUCGUGGGCUUACUAGUUGUUGCAGCGACAGUUCACGAAGCCUGGCGGAUGUACUGCGGGACCGAUUUUGACUCCAAAACAGACGGCAAAGCUCUGACCGCAUUGCAUUGCUUCUCAGCUCUAAGUAAUGGGCGAAAAAUCCUGUCGAUGAAAGUAUCUGUUUCGUCUGCAAAUGACAAUCUCGGAUGUGUCCAUGGCAUCCGAUUUUUCUCCACUUGCUGGGUUGUUAUAGGCCACACUUUUUCACUUGCUGCCAGUCGAACUAUGAAUCGAAAAGCUUUAGUUGAGGAUCUCAAAACAGUUGGGAUGCAAACCAUUGGAAAUGCCACUGUUUCAGUUGACACCUUUUUCUUGAUGAGUGGGUUGCUCGUCUCGUACCUUCUGCUCCGUGAACUGGACCGCACCAAAGGAAAAUUCAACGCCGGCCUUUAUUAUUUGCAUCGAUAUUUACGUUUGACGAUCGUCUACGCCUUCAUUCUCGGUUUCAUUGCAGCUCUAACUAUCUACGUCGGGACAGGUCCUAAUUGGUACAGCGUGACUGUGUAUUCAAACGCAUGUCGCAACGCCUGGUGGAGACAGUUUCUCUACAUUAACAAUUUGUUUCCAUUGGAUCCUGACUAUGGGUGCAUGGGACAAACGUGGUAUUUGGCUGUCGAUAUGCAACUCUUUGUCAUCUCACCACUAAUCGUGUAUCCGCUUUGGCGUUGGAAGAAACCUGGACUGGCAUGGCUGGCCUUUAUUGCCGUUCUCUGCCAAGCGAGUAUUUUCUUCGUUUACGCUAGAGACGACCUCAGUGCCACCCUUUGGGUCACACGCACUGAUGAAUUAGGCAAUUUUGUUGAUUAUUAUGAUCACUACUACGUGAAACCGUGGACUAGAGCACCACCCUACCUGAUUGGUAUUUGGGCCGGCUGGUAUUUACAUGUCACCAAGCAAUCACAGCAACGUCUGUCCAAACUUUUGGUUAGUUUGGGCUGGACUCUUUCCACUGCCGUUGGCCUUGCCAUCAUUUACGGGUUGACGCCUUACGUCGACCAGUCUAAAGUGCCAGAGGUUAGUCCUGUUGUCCAAAUGACUUAUGGACCUUUACAUCGAACAGCUUGGGCUUUUGUUAUUGCCUGGAUUAUUUUCGCUUGUUCACGUGGCUAUGGAGGUUUUGUUAACCGAUUGCUGUCGUGGAAGGGAUUCUUACCGUUGGGUAGGCUGACGUAUUGCGUCUACCUCAUUCACUUCGACUUUCUGAUUGUAUUCUAUGCUGCGUUGCGCAAGCGUUUCUACUAUUCUUUGCCGGACCAGUUUACAACUUGUUUUGGAAUUCUCCUUAUUUGCUUCGGAAUGGCGUUUGUGGUGUCUGUCACUUUAGAGGCAUCUUUCCUCAAUUUAGAAAAGUUCAUCUUCUCUUCGAGGCCUAAAAGCAAACCACAGGGGGAAGUAAUUGAUCCUCCAGUUGACUACAAAACGAAAUGUUAAAACACAUCUUGAUGCACCAGUGGCCGAGUCAUUGUAAAGCAGUUACAAGGAUAUGACCUUAUCCAUUUUUAAAAUUCUUUCAAUCAAAAAGUUGUCUUGUCAAUACAUUUACGUCUAAUCAUC